AUUAUUCUGUAAUACUUUUGUAUAGUUUGAGAAACUCUUAUUGUUUGCUCAAGUGUAAAUAAUUGCUUGAGUAGCUAUUUGAAUACAUUCAUUCAAGGCAGAACGUUUUUACAGUUUGAACCAAAAUGUAUCUGCCAAUACUUUUGUCUCUCGUAAUUUUAGCUUCCGCUAAGACAAUUUAUCUUGAAAACGAUUUUGAAGAAGUUUUACCUGCAAUAAGCUACAAUCAAGAUAGAAUUUGGGUUUUGAAAUUCGAUGAUGAUUUUGAAGUCAACCCAUUGAGGCCACCAAGCAAAGUAGAGUUGAAAAUAUUUAAAAGAUCCAUACAACCGGUGAUAAAACGCAAUCGAAGAAUAAGGGAGGAGAAUGAAAACGCUGUAGAUUUUAGUGACAGUGGAAAAUUCCAGCCCGUACGCGUAAAGCCCGAUAUGAGUAACGCAACUGUUGAGGUAAUAAAAUUGCAGUUGAAGGAAAUUAUUAAUAAAUUCUUGCACAGCGUUGUAGAGGCCGAUCCUACGCAGUGUAUAUCCAGUAAGAGAGAUAAAAAUACCAGUCUUAAAAUAUUCUUCGAGAGGAACUCGAGUGCUCUAGUUCUGCAGUCGGGUCGUUAUAGAAACGUUUACUACAGCGACGCUGAAGAUGGCCUACUUCCUAGGUGGUUUUUUGAGGAACAUGAUAUCAUCGAGUGUGAUGCUAAGGGUGAUUUUAUUCCUAUUCCUGAAGAAGUGAAACCUGAGUUCUACGAAGAUUUGUUACAUUUGGUUAAAACUCUUUAUGGAUACGCCAUUUGAGUGAAAUAAAUUACAUAAGUACAAUAAAAUAUAUUACAUUCA